GGCAGUGCUGGGGGCCGUGCACGGAGCUGGAGCCGCCUAUUGCCGGGCGGUGGGGGAGGAGAGAAUGACAUCAGUCCUGUAGAAGGCUCAGUAGAUAAUGUGUGUGGGUUUGAUCUAAUGCCAUUACACUGACUCAUCCGCAGAGAGCACAGGAAUAGCAGAGCGCAGCGGCCUGACUCACCCAGCACAGUGACCUGGAGGUGAGCACUCGGACCCAGCGCCUCCAUCACACCCCACUCUGGGCUCUGCUGAAACUUUUUGAUACAUAGUUGCACUUGUUGUUCUUUCUGGAACUUUUCUUUUUUGCUACAAUGUUGCACUGUUAGGGCUAGGAGGGAUAGAACCUGUGUCCACACUGGAAGCAGCAGCACUGGAUCUGGAGAGGUGUGGUGGCCUUGUGUAACAUAGAUCUACUGAAGAGGGUGUGAGGCUGGUGGAGACGCUGUAGAAGGGCACUUACCUCUCUCUCCUGGGUGUUCAGAGGACGGAUCAUGUACCAGGAUUAUCCAGGGAGUUUCGACAGUUCCUCCCGUGGUAGCAGCAGCUCUCCGGCUCAGCCAGACGGAUACCCGGGCAACCCCUUAUCUACCUCAAUACGACAGCAGAAAUACCGAAACGACAUGCCAGGAUCCAGCAGUGCCUUUAUCCCCACCAUAAAUGCCAUCACCACCAGCCAGGACUUACAGUGGAUGGUUCAACCAACUGUGAUCACCUCCAUGUCCAAUCCCUAUACCAGAGCACAUUCAUAUGGGCACCCAGUGCAGAAUCACCCGUCACUAGGUGGGCAUGCGGGCCUACAACGACCGGGAGUCAUCAAAAGCAUUGGUACCACUGCUGGCCGAAGGAGAAGAGAUGAACAGCUGUCACCCGAAGAAGAGGAAAAGCGGAGGGUCCGUAGAGAAAGGAACAAACUGGCCGCCGCAAAGUGUCGCAACAGGAGACGAGAGUUAACGGACAAACUGCAGGCUGAAACUGAGAAACUGGAACAAGAAAAAUCUGGUCUACAGAAAGAGAUAGCGGAGCUGCAAAAGGAGAAGGAUAAACUGGAGUUCAUGCUGGUUGCCCACACGCCCAUGUGUAAAAUACAAACUGAGGAUAGGAUCAACCCCACCCACAAUGCUCAUGUUGCCCGUUCCAUGAUGGGAAGUCGAGUGGUGGUCAAAACGGAGCCCAUUGAUGAGGACAUUGGGAUGUCCUCAAUCGGCCGCAGUGACAAAACGCAAAGGUCUGUGAUUAAACCGAUCAGCAUUGGUGGAAACUUCUAUAAUGAGGAACCUCUCAACACGCCUGUCGUGAUGUCUUCAACACCUCCGAGCACUCCGAACGCCCCUAACCUCGUCUUCACCUACCCAAGUGUGUUGGAUCAGGAGUCGUCGACCUCUCCUUCAGAGUCUUGCUCUAAGGCCCAUCGUCGGAGCAGCAGCAGCGGGGACCAGUCUUCUGAUUCCUUGAACUCCCCCACCCUGCUGGCCUUGUAACGACUGCUACAAAGGAUUGACUUUUUACCGUACAUAUCAGGAGAUGUCUAGGUGGGUAGACAGCUGGUGGCAGGCGCUUCCCAACUAUGGACACGUUGUGUAUCGUUGAAAUCUCAUAACUGGAUCUUACACUUCAGACGCUUCAGUGCAGUUUUGACUUUCUCGGGUUGUUGGAAGAGGCUGCAUAACAAGCACAAGUUCAUCCGCCAUUGUUCGUUAUGUCGAAUCCCCGGCUGGGCCCAGACGGGAUUAAAUUAUUUCCAGCCUUGUGGCUCCCAGGACAUUUCAUCCAGUCUUAAUGGUCGAUGAUUACUGUCUUUAUCCACCCCUCCCCCUCCCACAUCCCCUUUUUAUUCUGGGCACUUUAAGGGUUUAUCUAUUUAAGGACUUUUGGUCUUCACUGGAUGAAGGUACAGAAAUGUUUUGUCUUUUUCGGAUCUAUAUAUUAUUAUUUUUUUUUUUUUUUUUUUUUUGCCUUGUGUUGAAGCCGUUCCAAGGCCUUUCUGAUGUAACUACAAAAAAAUAUAUAAAAAAAAUAAAGGAACAAAACAGCCAUGGAAAAAUGUUGGUUGCACACAGUCAUUAUGGGAGAAGACGGCGUUACCAGCAGAUAUUAAAUACCACGCCAAAGACGGUCCCGGGACGCCGUGUUCUGGUAAACUGCUUGGAUAAUAAGGAUUUGGCAGCGUGCGCUAGAAAAUGGUCUGAGAAAACAAAAUUAAAAACUUGGCAAUACAACAAACCCUUGUGCCUUCCGAAUGAGCGCGCUCAGAACAGUGCAACGCUGACGAUCUAUUCUGGGAUUUCUUGUCAUCUUUGUGUAUUUGCAGUUUGAUUGGUCAUAGCCUGUAACGUCUCGCCAUGUCGCCAUGUGACUUCUCCUCCUACUACAACCAUGUUCAAUAUUGCGUAAAUGUUCCUAGCCGUGCGAAAAAGUUCUGUGUUUGAAAGAGUCCCCCACAGGGGCGCCGGUAUAUAGGGGGGCAGUGGAAGUAGUCACCCCCUGACCCCUGUGCCGUAAGAAGACACCAGUAUUAUAAAUGGCACAUGGUGUGGGGGGAGUAUUAGAUUUUGUACUGGGGCCCCCGAGCUACAGGUUACGCCUCUGUUUAAACAAACAAAAUGGCUGCCUUUACAGGUUACAGUACCUCUCCCAAUAGGUAAAGAUUGAUGGUGCCCGAUAAAAGGGAACCCAUAGGAAUAGUUCCAGUAACUCAGGAGCUUGCAACAGUUGCCUUGGUUCAUAUCCACCAUAACUUAAAGGGGUUGUCCAGGAAUGGAUAAAACAUGUCUGCCUUCUACC